GGAUACAACACUUGGACAGUUCACAUCGUUCUUGCUUUCGACUUAACUUGGAGCGGAACAUUCGCGCGGCGUCCGAAAACUUGAUUCUUGGCGAGUGUAUUUAUCAUUUCGGAUAGGACGCGUAGUUUUUCGUCGGUCGUUCGGUCGGUCGUCGGUUGGAUAAACAAACGGGACGAAAAGCGCGGUUGAAGGUGUCACAGUUUGGAGUACUCUAAUCAUCAGCGCCCGGGUGACACACUUUUGCCCCGCUGCAGCAGCUUAUUGGAGCAUAUUUGUUUGAAGGGAUACCUGGCAGAGACGCAAGGCAGCAGUGAAAUUAUAGCAGAAGCAACAGUGCCUGACUUUUCUGACAAAGUGUGUGGUUGGUGUUGGUGUGCGCUGGCUGGAACGCUUCGACCACGGCUAAUGAACUCCAUACCCGUAGCAGACAGCGGUAGUAAACAACAAGCAGCCGGCAGCAUGGGUCGGUGAAAAGUGUGAAAAGUUAGUGUGAUAUAAUACGAUACGAUUGUCGAGUGAAAAGUGUAACAAUUGUGCCAAAAAAAAAAAAAAUCGAAACCUCAAUGAAUUGAAAACCCAUUUGCUAGUUAGAAAUCUGUAGUGUUCAGCGCAGCUACAUAUUCUUAAAAUGAAGUACAAAUGUUGUCUCAAUCUGGGCAGCUCGGCUGCGAUAGUGGCUUCAGUGACGGUCCUGCUUGGUUGCGUUUUAGCAACCGCCUCUCCAGCAUCAGCAGCAGCAGCAGCAGCUCCACAACAAUCUACGGAUAAUGACGGUCCGAAGCCUCUCACCGUUAAGCCACAAUCCUGUUGCCAGGACGACGAUGUGCUGUCCACCAACCACCACGAAUGCUUUAAUCACUCGGGGAACUUUUCCUACAGGGUUCAGAUGAACUGCAGCCUGUACUACAUCAUUUACCAGGAGCUGGAGGCGGAAGUUCACAUCGAUGCCAAGGGAAAUCUGGUGGAGGAAAACAACGAAAUCGAAAAGUGGGAAAACUACUGCUUCGGAACGUUGCUCGAUGGUACCGAUAGCCAGCCGGUGCUUAUGGUUUGCUUCAACCCGGAAGACCAGCCCAACUUAUCGGCGUUCCUGAGCAAGGGCAUUAUGAUGCUGGUCUCGGUGUUCUUCCUGGCGAUGACGCUAUACAUCUACUUCAUCAUUCCGGACCUUCGGGAGACGCAGGAUAAGGUCACCUCGAUUGCCGUUGCAUGUCUGAUGGUGUUUAUGAUACUGAUGAGCACGGUACAGCUGGCGGCCUCGAUUACCUUUCAUCCGGUUAUGUGCAUGACGAUUGCGUUCCUGAUGUAUUUCUUCAUGAUAAGCUACUUCGCUUGGUUGAACACGGUGAUGGCCAACGUCUGGAAGUUGACAGUGGCACGGCGGUGGAAAAUUAGAGAGAGGCAUUGGUACGUCCUGAAUCACAUCUACGCGCACACGGUGGCGCUCACGUUGACGGCAAUGGUUUACAUCUAUCACAUGCGGAAUCCAACCUUCGGAGAGAUAUCCUGCUGGUUUAGGACCGAACGAGAGCAGUCCUACUUCGUCUAUUUACCGCUGAGCAUAAUGCUGAGCAUCAACAUUUUCCUCUUCGUGUGGACCAGCUAUCAUCUGCAUGCCAGCGGCGAUGACAUUAGCCCGGAUCGGAAGAAGGCACUGCGAUACAAAUGCAUGCUCUACUUGAAAUUGUUCCUACUGGCCGGGCUCAUCUGGAUUUUCGAAAUCAUCUCCUUCCACGUCGAAGAUGGACGCCUCAAUCGGUCCUGGUUCUGGUUCCUGAUCGAUUCCAUCAAUUGCCUGCACGGGGUGCUGAUCUUCUUCGUGCUGAUCGUGUGGCGGCAGCGUAUCAAGAGGGAACUGUCCGGUCGGCGAGUGCUGUGCUUCCGGGCUCCAGCCCAUUGGGCCCAGCUCAAAGACGACGAACAGGAACAGCUGGCGGAUGAAGCUGGUCGAGAUUACGGAAAGUAUGACUUGAUCAUCAAAUAAACAGAUGGAAGAGCAGUGGUCACAAUCAGCGUGGAAGCAUUACUAACAGAGCAACUUAAGAUUAACAGUUAAACUAACAGUGACUUACGCAACGGUACUUCAUCAGUAUAUAAGUGUAGAUGAUAUGCCAACUAGGAAUUAAAAGGAAAUCGUUGAUAGCUGUAGGAAGGAAUUCGCUUUUAAGCUAGAUAUAUCGUUUCUGUUGACAAGAAAUAGUACUUAAUUCUGAAAUUUAAGGAGAAUGUUACGCAGAGAAAUCAAACUAGAAAUUAACGCAUGAUUGUUCAUGGAAUUCAACAAAUAUACUUGAAAUCGUC